UUUUUUUACCAUGGGUAUUGAGUAAAAUGUUGCACUCAAUAGUAGAAACAUCUUCAAGCUUCAAGAAAUCAAGCGUUAUCAAUCAAAACAGAAAACAGACAAAAAAAAAGAGUAUUGGAAAAGUAACAAAGAGAUUGUUUUCAACACGUGAUUCACGAAGUCUUGUCAAAGACAUGUACUGUCUUGACGCCUCUGUCUGCGACAGAGAGAGCUGCAGUGGCUACAGCCAGAGCGGCGGAGGCAACGAGAACGCGUUGACUAAGAGGCACAUCUUGGCAACCUUCCAUAGAGGGCGUAUCAGGAAAGCAUGUUUGCAGGCUGUCGCCACUUCCAUGACGAGAACGCCCAAGCUGUACACGUCGCCCGAGGCAAACAUCGGUCUUUGUAGUAUCACCUCUGGCGCCAGCCACUCCCCGUGAGUCCACGCUGGUUGGCUCCUUGUUCCUCCGGAGUCACAGUACACAUCCUCGGAGUUCUGGGACGGCUCGCUCCAGACCUCGAAGCUCCCCGCACCUACGUCACUCAAGUACCUCAGCAGCAGCUCGGUGGCGACGUGCCCAAAGCGACGUGCCAGGCCGAGGUCGAUCAGGUGGAAGUCUGGCUCACGCACGCUACAAGUGAAAGUGAUAUUCAACGCCCGCACGUCGUUAUGAACCAUACCAUUGGCGUGAAUCUCCCCGAGCAGCCGGGCGAUGGUCACCAGUGAGUCCAGGAAGCCGCCCACGCAGCAUUCCUAACCCCAAGGGAGAGCUGCUCCCCUCCUCAGAGCCACGGGACAAAUCAGGAAUGGUACAGCUGCCUGGCCAUGAAUCAGAAGUACUUGAACAGGACCAGUCUGAGCCACGCAGCGAAGAGAAGGAGAGAGAGGAAGAGAAGGAGGAGGAAGAGAAGCCUUUACUUGAGACACGAGGGCGUUCAGAGAAUCAACAAAACCCCACGGAAGAGUUGUGCCGUCUUGUAGCGCCACACAACCUUUCACACGGACCCAAUCCUCUCACAAAGCCACACACUCCUGUAAAAGAUGAAGAGAACAUUUCGGAGGAUACACUCGGCUCUGUGGGGGAAGCCAGACAGAAGCCUACCGAAGAGCUGCAACCUCAGGAACAUGGAGGAGAGCAGAUUUGUGUGGCGACCGCUGCUCCUAAGCCUCUGGUGGGGUGCUGCAGCAGGGCACUGGAGAAGGCAGCAAAGUACCUCCACCAGCCGUGUGAUCCUGCUUCCCUGGCCGCCGUCAGGAUAAUGUUUGGGGUGUUGAUGGUGCUGGACGUGGUGCAAGAGCGGGGUAUGGGCGAGGCUGAUAUACGUUGGGGCGAUCCAGACACCUGCCGCUUCCCUCUGGUGGCCGCCCUCGUGCCGCUACCCCUCCCCUGUAUGCUGCUUCUCUACGCCGCCCUGCUCUCUGGCGCGGUGGGGGUGGCAGCGGGUUGGCGGUGGCGGGCGAGCUGCACCGUCUAUCUGCUGGGCUACUGGUACGUGCUGCUGCUGGAUAAGUCCACAUGGAACAACCACUCUUAUCUGUACGGCCUGCUCACAGCCCUCAUGCUGACUGCUGAACCCCAUGCCUGCUGGUCCGUGGACGUGCGUGCAGAGGGAGGAGCCAGACACGUGCCCUUCUGGAACUACUUCAUGCUGCGUGCGCAAGUGUUCUUCUUAUACUUCUUCGCGGGAGUCAAGAAGCUGGACAGUGAUUGGCUGGCCGGCCACUCCAUGCGCCACCUGGGGGAGCACUGGGUGUUCUAUCCCUUCCGUAUCUUCGUCAGCGUCGCCGUCGUUGACUUCUACAUCAUCCACCUCGGCGGCUUCCUCCUGGACCUCACCCUGGGGCCGCUCCUCCUGUGGACGCCCUCCAGGAAGCUUGCCCUCGUCUUUGGCUCCUUCUUCCACCUCAUGAACUCACAAAUCUUCUACAUUGGCAUGUUCCCGUGGGUGUGUCUAGCCACUCUUCCCAUCUUCUGUCGCUGUGAUUGGCCUCGCACGUUGCUCGCCUCCCUCCCUAAGCUGCCGGCACUUCGCACACCAUGCCAGAGAGGUUCUGAGGGAGGAGGAAAGGCUGACGACGAUACGGUAAACAAAGAAGAGAUAGAAGUUAAAAGGGGAGGAGAAAAAGGUAAGGAACAAACGAAAGUGACAAGAAAGGUAGAGGAACAUGAAACUUUGUCGGCACUGAAGAGGAAUAAAAAUUGUUCCUAUCCAGACGUGGCGGGCGUGACGGGGAAGCAAAAGGCGACGACGGUGCUGGUGGCGUGUUACCUCCUCACCCAGACCGCCCUGCCCUUCUCUCACUCUGUUACCAAGGGCUUCAACACGUGGACGGAGGGGCCCUAUGGCUACAGCUGGGACAUGAUGGUGCACUCCUGGGACACUCUGCACGUCAAGGUCACCGCCGUCACCACCGCGGGAGGGCACCGCCUCUACGUGGACCCCAACAUGUGGGUGUCCAGUCCCCGGUGGUCGAGUCACGCGGACAUGGCGGUGCAGUACUGCCUCUGCGUGCAGAGUCGCCUCGCCGCCCUGGGCCAUUCCGUCACCGCCGUGCACCUCGACGUCUGGAAGUCCCUCAACGGCAGAUUUCAGCAGCGGGUUUUUGAUCCAACUGUGAACAUCCUAGAAGCCCCCUGGUCACCAUUCAACGAGACGCCGUGGGUGCUGCCCGUGGUGACGGAGCUGGACCAUUGGAGGGAGCGACUGUACCGCCAGCAGGAGAGCGAGGAAGGGUCUGUGUCACUCACCGAGAAGCUCUACGUGGCGGACUUUCCGGGUCUGACAUUGGAGAAUUACUUGAGCUCUGAUUUGGAGAACGUAACCCUGGAGGUGCUGAAGGGGGAGGUGGUGGUGCUGCUGCAGUGUGAGGGUGGCGUCGUUGAUCUCUCAGACGCCUUGCAUGUUCCUCGGAGCGGCGGUACUAAUGGCACGACACAUCGCCAGCGGAGGGAGGACAUGAAAGCUCUCGCGCAUCAGCCUCAGCACACCGCGCAGGAGCCAUCAGUAGAAAGCUUCAACUUCGAGAAAGGAACAGACGGCAUAGACUUGGAUACUAAACAUCAUGACCUCACCGCCAGCAUUCACAGGGCGCGACAGAGCCUUCAGGAGUUAGUUGCCAGUGUCCACGAAGGAGCUACAGGCUUGGGGGAGCUUCCCAGUGGCACGGCUGAGGUAGAUGUGUGCUCCGUGGCACUGGAGGUCGGUAGUAGUAUGGUCCUGCCAAGUGGUGCCUUUCAUUCUGUCACCACCAUGUCUUCCGCUCCGGCUGUCUAUGCGUACACCUUCAUCAAUGCGACGUUGACGGAGAAGGAAGAGAAGCGGAAUCAGACACCAGGCAGCAAUGCAACAGGCGAGGCACACACAACACAGCAGGACAGUGCCACAGAUUCCUCCGAGGCAGAAGACAGCAAGACACUCAACAGACAGGAUCUUGUGGAUGGCAAACACGUCUACCAGCCCACCAGUGCCGACUUCCCGACAUUUGAAGACCUACUCAGAUUCAUCAAGCGGAAACUGGAGCUGUUCUGGCGGGCAGGAAGGCUGCUGCUGGCCGCCUGUCAUUGCCUGCUGACUCGCUCCUGUAUGAUGAUAGAGUAGAGGAGUCUGUCCUGAAGACACACCUCGUGGCUCACCCAUGAAGGACAACGAAUGGUCUGGUCAGGCUCAGAAGUCUGAUAUCAUGCUAUGCUAUUUUUUCAUGAUCUUUACCGUUUUCCCUCAAUCUUAAAUCCUCUGAUAUGUUGACAGUUUCCCUACAAAACCUGAUGAUUGAUAGAUUUUCGAUCUGAGGUUUCAGUAUCGAAGGAAAACGAAAUUCACAGUGACAUUGUGUGUAGGAUGUUACACGACUUAUGACCGUGACUUCAAAUCGUUUAUCAUAUACAUUUUUUUUUCUUUCAUUAUAGAUGUUCAAGCUUCAAUAACAGUUCCUAUUUGCCUGUAAGACUAACCUGUUCCGAUCCUCCUAACAGGUUACCGUAUCGGGCUGUGUGUAGCUGGAUGGAGUGUGCUUGAGCCUUUGUGUCGCAGGUCAUGAUGUUGGUCUGUGUCUAUCAAUACCUGUCUGUCUAUCACCCUAACAAGAUUCUUCCCCUAUUCCUGAAGCAGAUUUUUCAGCGGGGAGUCUAUAUACUGCACGACGAUUUCUUUUUCUUCUCCUUCUCUAAUCGGUGGUAAAAGCCCGGCAAAGCUUCCCUCCUUUUGUAACUGAAGAAAACAACGCUUCAUAUCAAUUUACUUACCUUGUGAACAGAGGAACACACGAUAAAUAAACGCAGGAACUUGGCAA